AUGGCUUCACUGAGAAGAGUCAAAGUGCUGCUGGUGUUGAACUUGAUCGCGGUGGCCGGCUUCGUGCUCUUCCUGGCCAAGUGCCGGCCCAUCGCGGUGCGCAGCGGAGACGCCUUCCACGAGAUCCGGCCGCGCGCCGAGGCGGCCAACCUUAGCGCGCACAGCGCCAGCCCCAUCCAGGAUGCGGUCUUGAAGCGCCUCUCGCUGCUCGAGGACAUCGUCUACCGGCAACUGAAUGGCUUAUCCAAAUCCCUUGGGCUCAUCGAAGGUUAUGGGGGACGGGGCAAAGGGGGCCUUCCCGCUACCCUUUCCCCGGCCGAAGAAGAAAAAGCCAAGGGACCCCAUGAGAAGUAUGGCUACAAUUCCUACCUCAGUGAAAAAAUUUCACUGGAUCGUUCCAUUCCGGAUUAUCGUCCCACCAAGUGCAAGGAGCUGAAGUACUCCAAGGAGCUGCCCCAGAUCUCCAUCAUAUUCAUCUUCGUGAACGAGGCCCUGUCAGUGAUCCUGCGGUCAGUCCACAGCGCGGUCAACCACACGCCGACGCACCUGCUGAAGGAAAUCAUCCUGGUGGACGACAACAGUGACGAAGAGGAGCUGAAGGCCCCGCUGGAAGAGUACGUCCAGAAGCGCUACCCUGGGCUGGUGAAGGUGGUACGCAACCAAAAAAGAGAGGGCCUGAUCCGAGCUCGCAUCGAGGGCUGGAAGGCGGCCACUGGCCAGGUCACUGGCUUCUUCGAUGCCCACGUGGAAUUCACAGCUGGCUGGGCCGAGCCGGUUCUGUCCCGAAUCCAGGAGAACCGGAAGCGAGUGAUCCUCCCGUCCAUCGACAACAUCAAACAGGACACCUUCGAGGUGCAGCGCUACGAGAACUCGGCCCACGGCUACAGCUGGGAGCUGUGGUGCAUGUACAUCAGCCCCCCAAAAGACUGGUGGGACGCCGGAGACCCCUCUCUCCCCAUCAGGACACCAGCCAUGAUUGGCUGCUCCUUCGUGGUCAACAGGAAGUUCUUUGGUGAAAUCGGUCUCCUUGACCCUGGCAUGGAUGUGUAUGGAGGAGAAAAUAUCGAACUUGGAAUCAAGGUAUGGCUCUGUGGGGGCAGCAUGGAGGUCCUGCCUUGCUCACGGGUGGCCCACAUUGAGCGGAAGAAGAAACCCUACAACAGCAACAUCGGUUUCUACACCAAGAGGAAUGCUCUCCGGGUUGCUGAGGUCUGGAUGGAUGAUUACAAGUCUCACGUGUACAUAGCGUGGAAUCUGCCACUGGAGAAUCCAGGAAUUGACAUUGGUGAUGUCUCCGAAAGAAGAGCCUUGAGGAAAAGUUUAAAGUGUAAGAAUUUCCAGUGGUACCUGGACCACGUUUACCCAGAAAUGAGAAGAUACAAUAACACCAUUGCAUAUGGGGAGCUUCGAAACAACAAGGCUAAAGACGUCUGCUUGGACCAGGGGCCACUGGAGAACCACACAGCAAUACUGUACCCAUGCCAUGGCUGGGGACCCCAGCUUGCCCGCUACACCAAGGAGGGCUUCCUGCACUUGGGAGCCCUGGGGACCACCACGCUCCUCCCUGACACCCGCUGCCUGGUGGACAACUCCAAGAGUCGGCUGCCCCAGCUCCUCGACUGUGACAAAGUCAAGAGCAGCCUGUACAAGCGCUGGAAUUUCAUCCAGAACGGAGCCAUCAUGAAUAAGGGCACGGGGCGCUGCCUCGAGGUGGAGAACCGGGGCCUGGCUGGCAUCGACCUCAUCCUCCGCAGCUGCACGGGCCAGAGGUGGACGAUUAAGAACUCGAUCAAGUAG